AUGUCCGGCUCUCCAGCACAUCUCUUUGGCCAGGACCUCCUUGUCCCCAGCUGGGCCAUGACAUGGGGCCAGGCCGGCUCCUGCUCUGCCCCCUACACGGCUUACAGCCAGAGCCUGGUCCCAGAGCAGGCCCACCGCUGGCUCCCAAAGGCCAGGGCACCCCAGAGGGCACCAUGCCUCGCUGCCGGCAGCCAGCGCCAGAGUGCCAGCCAGAGAGAGAAGCACCGCAUGCGACGCCUGGCCCAGGCCCUGCACACCCUGCGCCUCUACCUGCCCACCUCGGUGGCACCCGCUGGGCAGAGCCUGACCAAGAUCGAGACACUCCGCCUGGCCAUCCGCUACAUCACCCACCUCUCUGAGCAGCUGGGCCUCAGUGAGGAGGCACUGGCACAGAGGAGGGCAGUGCUGGCACGGCCUCACUGCCCCCUGUGCUUCUCAGGGCUUGGCUGCUGCCAGGCAAGGAGGUCAGACCAGGACACCACAGAGUCCCCAGCCCAGGACCGACCAGCCCCUGAGACUUGGAUGGGCUCCCCACCCUGCCUGAUCGGAAUGGGUCAGGGGGUCCAGGUCCCCGACUCUAGAACCUGGCCACUGCCUCCUUGUGGCCUCCAGGAUGAGACUCCUGCUGCCGUUGCAGAAACCUGGGUGCCUCCAGCGCCCUCUCUUCAGAUCCAGGCCUCUCCUGAGCUGCAGAGGACUCCUUGCCCUCCCUCACCUUGCAUGAGGUCGCCCAUGGACAAACCAGGCAGAGUCUGGCCUGGGCCGCAAACAGCAGCAGAUGCCCCUGUUGUCACUUGGGAAGGGCCAGCCUGGGACCUUGAAGAGCCACCUGGCUGCAAGGACGGCACCUACAGAGCUACUUGGGACCUCCCCACCCAGCACCCUUCCUGUGGUUUCCUGUGGAGCAGCCAGACCUUAAGAGGGUGAGCCUGCUGGGUGAGAAGCAGCCACAGAGGAGAAGCCACAGCAAAGGAGGAGGUCCUGUGGUUGUCCUGAGCACCCUCCACCUGCCCUGAAGGCAUCCUCGUCCCCAUCAGCAGGAGAUCCUCUUCUUCAGAGCUCCCAAACGCUGGGGCACGAUCAGGACAGCAGCAUCUUCUCUCUCUGGAGGUUUCCAGUCCAAAGAUCCACUCUGACUGCAGCAAGCGCAAUUGGGGACUUGGCUCCCAGGGACCUGCUGGGUUCUUCAAACCUUUGCUCAGCCACAAACUCAUUGAGCCCUCUCUGUCUGGCCAUUGCCCUACCUCACAGGGUUGUUGUGAGGGUCCACAAGGCCACACACUUAAAAGUAGCAAAAAAAACCUUGUAUGAUUAAUAAGCGGCAGUCUUCUUGCUUGAAUCCAAGGUUAUUUUUGUUUGUUUUAGACCAGCGGUUCCCAAAGUAGGCAGAACUGCCCCCUCCCCAGGGGGCUGCUAAGAGGCAAGGGGGCAGCCAGGGAUGCUGGUGGUGUAAAUGACUACCAGACUUUGAAAAACUGGUAUCACCAGAUCAAUUUCAUCCAUUUUGUUGAAUUAAUUAAACUUAAUGGUUUUACUUGGAUUUUGAAUAAACGUGCAAUUAAUUGUUA